UCGAAACUGAAAGAGUGUAAUUUAAGCAAUGACUAUCCAGAAUGGCUUCUUAAAAAUCUAUUCAUCGGAGGAUUAUCACCCGAGAAUAAGACAAAAGUUCUUAUGGAUGGGUUACAAGCACUUGCGUUAGAUGACAUAGUGGAAAGGCUUAGUCCGGAGCAGUAAUUGUGUAAUUUUAUUUUUUCGUUUAAAGAUACAGCAUAUAUUAUUUAUGGUCCAUACAAGCAUUUUUAAUAUACAGGAAUUACUAGAGCAGAUUUUACAUUUCUUAUUGAUAGAUAAAUCUCUAUACCCUGCUCUAUUUGUUAGCCGGCUUUGGUACAGAUGUGGUGCCCCUAUCCUAUGGAGGCAUAUUGAGCUAAAAGGAUGGGAAGAAGAAGAUCGAACUCGAUUAGAAAGAUUUUUAAAAAUAAUACCCGGAGGAGGAAGAAAACCAGUUUAUAGCUCAAAACUAACCCAUCUUAAAAUAACACACUACUAUUCACUUUCAAAUAAAAAAAUCAAAGGUAUUGUGCAUACUUUCCAGAAUAUAAUUCAUUUAGAUUUUGAAGGAAGUACGGACUGUAUUGGUAAAACUCUAAAGCUAAUAGCGAAAUCAUACCCAAAUUUGAAGUAUCUCAAUAUAUCCACUUUACGGGGAUUACGGGGAAAAAUGAUAUAGGUCUAACUGCAAUCGCAGAAUUAUGCCACAAACUAGAAUAUCUAAAUAUCUCUAACCAUACAGAAUUUUCCGAACAAUCAAUUUGCAAUAUUAUUCGUUCCUGCCCAAGGCUCCAGCAUCUCUACCUUGGCUUUUGUGAAAUUACCGAUAUAACUAUCAAAGAAAUUGCUAGAU